AUGCGCCAAGUCCCUUAUCACGCUUCCCGACCCAUCGUCAUCUCCGGCCCCUCGGGCUUUGGGAAGGGAACGCUCAUCACCAAACUCUGCGAGUCACACCCCGAGAUUUUCAGCACAGUGGUAUCACACACCACACGUCCUCCGCGCCCGGGCGAGAUCCAAGCCGUCCACUACCAUUUUACAACCGAAACGGAAUUCCAGAAACUCUAUGCUCAAGGCAUCUUUAUCGAAUGCACGGUCUACAAUGGACACCACUACGGCACAUCAUUCCAUGCGAUCGAGGGUGUUAUCGAAAGAGGGAUGGUGCCACUGCUGGAUAUCGAUAUGGAGGGCGUCAAAGCUGUGAAGACGUUCAAAAAUAUAUGUACGCGUUAUGUGUUUAUCGCGCCCUUGAGCUUGGAGGUUCUGGAGACGCAACUUCGAGGUCGGAGAACAGAGGAUGAAGAUACCAUCCACAAACGGCUUGCGCAGGCAAAAAUGGAACUUGAUUAUGCUGCGAGGCCCGGAGCCUACGAUUUAACCAUUGUCAACGACGAUCUGAACACGGCAUUAAAUGACCUAGAAACCUUUGUACUCUCGACAGAACCACUUCCGCCCAGGCAAAAGACAUUAUGGGAAAAUAUGGAGACAUGGUUUGAGGUCAAGUUGAGAUGGCUCCAUUGA